UAUAGAUCUUCACACAUGCAGGCUGGUGCACUCGAUCCGCAAUAUUUGUAUUACAUAUCAUUCACAUUAUGAUACAUGCAAGGAGAUGCAUGUGCAGUAUGUCACGCUUAACCGUUGUGAAUACAUCGACAUAAUACAAUCUGGACAUAGAGGCCUAGUGUCUAAUUUGCAAAGUUUAUAACUUCCAGAGUUGCACAGAAUGGAUGGUAGCGGGAGAUGGUGUGGUAUGCCAGCUUGGUUGUUUACGGUGGCGCUCAUGGCAUUCACGGUUCAUAUCGCACAAGGAGAAGAUCCAGAUACCACUCCACCGAAUGUGACGUGUACUGACGUCACAACGAGGCCCUUUUUACCGAACAGUUUUCUUGGACUGAAUGCGGGUGUUGAAUACACGUACGAGGAUUCAAACCCUGAUCCCAGUGGGGUUACUUAUAACGUAACCAAAGGACCAAGCGGAGAUCUGUUCCCGCCCGGACCCGCCCCGGUGACGAUGUACGCGGUCGACAUAUUUGAUAACGAGGCGACAUGUCUUUUCUACGUGGAAAAUACGCUGACUGAGCUACCAGUGAAUUGCCCAGACCUGAACAGAACGGUCGCCACUGACAUGGGACUGCCCACAUAUUCUUACACCCCUUCCAUAGAGGCCAGUGACGUCACAAAGUCCACUUCCGGGUACAGAUACCACGGAGGUGCAGUUUCUGUGGAUCCUACAACGGCCAUUGGUAGCAAGCUAGAUGUCGGUACCCAUCUAGACACAGUCUUGAUUUCGGAUGAGGUGCUGAGUAAGACGUGCAUAGGGUAUAUUGUUGUACAGGACACCACUCCACCGAAUGUGACGUGUACUGACGUCACAACGAGGCCCUUUUUACCGAACAGUUUUCUUGGACUGGGUGUGGGUAUUUCGUACACGUACGAGGAUUCAAACCCUGAUCCCAGUGGGAUUACUUAUAACGUAACCAAAGGACCAGGCGGAGAUUUGUUCCCGCCCGGACGCACCCCAGUGACCAUGUACGCAGUCGACAUAUUUAAUAACAGGGCGACAUGUCUUUUCUACGUGGAAAAUACGCUGACUGAGCUACCAGUGAAUUGCCCAGACCUGAACAGAACGGUCGCCACUGACAUGGGACUGCCCACAUACUCUUACACCCCUUCCAUAGAGGCCAGUGACGUCACAAAGUCCACUUCCGGGUACAGAUACCACGGAGGUGCAGUUUCUGUGGAUCCUACAAUGGCCAUUGGUAGCAAGCUAGAUGUCGGUACCCAUCUAGACACAGUCUUGAUUUCGGAUGAGGUGCUGAGUAAGACGUGCAUAGGGUAUAUUGUUGUACAGGACACCACUCCACCGAAUGUGACGUGUACUGACGUCACAACGAGGCCCUUUUUACCGAACAGUUUUCUUGGACUGGGUGUGGGUAUUUCGUACACGUACGAGGAUUCAAACCCUGAUCCCAGUGGGAUUACUUAUAACGUAACCAAAGGACCAGGCGGAGAUUUGUUCCCGCCCGGACGCACCCCAGUGACCAUGUACGCAGUCGACAUAUUUAAUAACAGGGCGACAUGUCUUUUCUACGUGGAAAAUACGCUGACUGAGCUACCAGUGAAUUGCCCAGACCUGAACAGAACGGUCGCCACUGACAUGGGACUGCCCACAUAUUCUUACACCCUUUCCAUAGAGGCCAGUGACGUCACAAAGUCCACUUCCGGGUACAGAUACCACGGAGGUGCAGUUUCUGUGGAUCCUACAACGGCCAUUGGUAGCAAGCUAGAUGUCGGUACCCAUCUAGACACAGUCUUGAUUUCGGAUGAGGUGCUGAGUAAGACGUGCAUAGGGUAUAUUGUUGUACAGGAUAUAGAAAAACCCAGCGUGACCUGUCCGGCAGAUAUCACAGAGAGUUCGACCAAUGUCAUCCAAUAUUCUGCUAAUGUAUCUGACAAUGUCGGUGCUUCCGUAACCUAUUCCCCUGAGCCUGGUAGCAUAUUUAAUCCUGGUGUUACUACGGUGUCUGUUGUGGCACGUGAUCAGGCUGGGCUCAAUGAUACCUGCAGCUUCGUGGUCCAAGUCACCACCAAGUUAGCCGUCAGUGUGGUAGUCCCGUGCGCUGUUGUGCUGUUAGUCGUCUUUGUGAUCGGGUUUAGUGUUUACUACGUCAAGAAAAGUAAGGAAAGACGGAAGAUGAAAGUCAGUCGAACCGAUGGAAAACAGAGUUCUAGCACGAAGACUUCAGAUGUUUAGCAGCCAAUUUCCUCCGUACUUUAUGCAUCUCGGUCAAAGAGUGAAAGAAGACCCCGGCGAUCCCGAAUGCGACUGCCAAUAAAAGGGAUCCGGUAACUUUGUCUCCGAAUUUUUGAAAAAAAUCCUGGAUUUAGCUCAUGCUGCAAUGAUAAUUAUAAACAUUUAGGUCAGUCAGGAACCCCAU